GAAAAGAGAAGCAGUCUGGGGUUGUGGGUAGUUUGUUCCCCCCUCCCGCUCUUCAGCCAACACUUGCUCUUAUCAAAUCCCAGCCUCUACUAAGGAUAGCUGGGGAAGGAGACCAGGUAAAUUGCAAGAUUUUGGAGGCUGUAGAGAAGCCAGGUCAGGGGUGUAACUAUCUGUCCCCCUAAAAGAAUGCCUGAGAUUGCACCCUCCUCCUGUGUUUAGGUGAAGUGUCGGCGCAGGGUUUGCUGGGAGCCAUGGAAGGGCAGCUGCUGCUGUUACCAUCAGUAACCUGAUCCAGCACUAAACAGCUUCUUACAUCUACUGAAGAGGAGGAAGCAAGGGGACAAAAGCCCACGGUUCCGCCUGCCGCUGAAAGAGCCAAAGCAAAGUAAGUGAAUGACAUCCACAAUUCCGCUCUAUCCUGAAUGAUCCAGGAAGGACGUUUAAGCCUUAGCAUGUUGUCUGCAGACGUAGGCUGAUGCACGUUUGUUUGGGGCGCAGGGGUGGGGGGAAAGCCAGGGGCAGUACCCUGGAGUUACGGCCCACAUGCAUGGGAGGGAUGUUCUCUGUGUCGCAGGAUGAUGCUUCUGUGCUCGGCGGAGAAACAGCAAGGGCUUUUUGCCAAGCAGUCUGUUAGCAGAGGCUCUGCAUGUCUCCGGCGGGUCAGGCAUGGUGGAUCCGGCGGCGGAGCCGGGCGAAGAGAAAUGCACAGACUCAGGCGGCGCAGCUGGAGAUGGGGCGCCCCCGGCAGCGGCGGGCGAAGGGGCCCCGCGUCCGCCGCCGCCAACGCCCGCGGGGGAGCCAGGGAGGCGCCGCGAGCAGUCCCCGCUGCUGCACUUGGACCUCUUCAACUUCGACUGCCCGGAGGCCGAGGGCAGCCGCUACGUGCUCACCAGCCCCCGCUCCCUGGAGGCGUGCGCCCGGUGCGCGGUUAAGCCGGUGGAGCUGCUGCCCAGGGCCAUGAAUGAGCUGGUGAGGGAGGCCCCGGGCAGGUCCAUGCGGGUGGCAGCCGGCCUGUACGAGGUAUACGAGAUGGACCGGCAGAGGAAGCUGCAGCAGUGCCGGGAGGAAAGAGAAAGGAUUAUCCGAGAGGAGAAGAGAAGGAUUUUCACUCCCCUCCUGCUAAGCAGCCUCCCUUCCUCCCCAGCUGCCAGGAUCUCCUUCAAAACCACCACCAAUGGGAGUUGUACUCUAGCUCCAGGGGCAGGGGCUCCAACUGGGACCAAGACCAAGAGCCAUUCCCUGGACUCGCUGCAGAAACGGAGAGAGGGGUUCUCCACCAAAACCUCCUCUGAAUCAGGGGCAUCCUCGUCCUACAGCGGAGAAAGCUUUAGGGACAGAUGGCCCAAAGGGACCCCUCGGACUAGGACGGUGGCUGCCAUGAACUCCCUGGUGGGCAGAAGCUUCAGCCUGGGGGAUCUGAGCCACUCCCCACAGACCACAAAGAAAGUGGAGAAGAUCGUCAAGGAGGUGAAGAAGAAGAAAGGUCUCAAGGAGGUGCCCAAGAUGGACAGGAAGAUAGCUGCCUUGAUGAUAGCCAAGCACCAGGAGGAGAACAUCCUGAACGAGCAGAGGUAUGCCGCCCACCUCCAGUGGGACAGCCAGCGGCGACGGGCAGAGCAGCAGAGGGAGCAGGAAGAGAAAGAGAAGCAGAGGGCUCUGCUGCAGUGCCAAAAGAUGUGGGAGUCCCAGGUUGAGAAACGCCGUGGGAAGCUGACCCAAGGGCAGAAGGAGGCUACCAUGAUGAAGCAGAAGCAGUGCCUGAUGUAUGAAGAGAGGUGGAGGGAGCAAGCGGAGAAGCAAGACAGAAUGAAAAGGGAUAAGCUAGAGAGGGCCAUCCUGGAAGAUAAGCAGAAGAAGCUCCAUCAAGAGCACAACCUGAAGGUAAAGGAAGAAGACAAGAAAGAAUUCCUGGAACGAGAAGAACAGCUGUUGCAGGAUAAGCUGUCCACUGCUGCACAGAAGAAGCUGAAGAAAGAGCUGCAGCUGCAGAAGGAAAAGAAGUUGCUCAACCAAGCUGAGAAGCUGAAGCAUGAGGCCCUGCUCAAGGAACUGGUCAGGCAAGAGGCAGAGGAGAAAGAGAUGCUAACGGCCUCCCUGGAGGUUAACCUACACAAGGCCCAGGAGAACUAUGAGCACCUAAUUGAGAAGAGGAACCAAGAGCUAAGGGAGAAAGCUAAACGGGAGGAGAUGCAAAUCCAGAGAGCCAAGCUGGCAGCCGAGAAGAAGGAGAGGGAGCAGAAGGAGCACUUGGAGGCCCUGGCCAAAGCGACAGAGAGGAAACUCCAGCAUGCUGCCCAGGUGGCUGAGGAGGUGGUCCAACAGAAAGCACGCAAGGUGAUCCUAAGCCGCCUGGAGAAGGAGAAGAUGCAGAAGGUAAACAAGCAGAAGGUGGAGCAGUACGAGGACUUCCGACGCAGGGAGAUCCUCCUGUCCAUUGAGAGAAAACUAGAGAGGAGUGAGCAGAUCUUCAAGGAGAAGAAAACUGUCCUGGAAAAUGCCAGGUCGGUUGCCCGGGCAUCCUUCCACAUCCGGGAAAAGGUGCGGGAGGAAACGAACAUGCGCACCUUUGACAAGAUGGUCUCUGAGGCAGAAUUGCAUGCCAGCCUGGAUAAAAAAUGAAAGGUCUUUUCUUUCUGUGGAUAAGUGGGGGAUAUAUCAUCUGGUGCCCAUCAGAACACAUUAGAAAGCUCUUUCAUAUUAGAAAAUGUCAGUUUUUAACCCUGAUUUAUAAUUUUCGGGGAGUAGGGCUCAGCACAAACCCCGUGGCAGCUAUUUCACAUACCUUUUUAAAAAAUGCUUUUGUUUUGGGGGUUAUUUUACGAGACUGACCUUUGUUAUCCCUUCCAGAAGAGAAGUUACCCCAUCCCCACUCUACACAAAGAUAUAUUCAAGGAUUAAAGCAGAAGCACACAAAUUUACUCAAGUGAGGGUUGCAAAGGCAACUUCCCAGAAACCUGUGGGCUACCUCAAAUUUGCCUAAAACGGACCAAAUUGCAGUCACCCUCAUCUUUAUUAUGACAAGGGCAGACAGUAGAGAGUACAUCUCUCAGCAUGUAACACUUCAUUUUGAUUUGAGUGACUUUCAGCUUGGAUUGAGAGGCUGGGAACUGUGUUCUCGUUGUGUCAUGCUUCCAUACUAAAGAUGAGGAUGUCCCCAUUAUAGAACUCCCUGGGGUGCUUUUGGCCCAUGGUUUGCACUUUAUCCACUACAGAUGUAAAAUGUGGAAAAAGAGGUGCCUAUGACAAGAUUUUUUAACACCAUGCAAGAGGUUAUCAUAAACAUAGCUGGGCACAUGCUGCAAAUCAACAUUUACUCAAAUAACCCCCCAGAGUUCCUUUUGAUGAUGAUAUUCACAACCCCUUUUAUUCACUUUCCACAGAUGAUCGCACAAAGGAAUUUUUGUUUGCAAGAAUGUUUGCAGAAAGGGAAAUGAUCACAAAUACUACUACUGCAAAUAUGCAUUCCUGGGGUAUUUGCACAGGAAGUGAUUGUGUGGCCUUCUCAGAAAGCUCUGUAUGUGUGUUAUGGAGUUAUCCAAUCAGGGAGCAGAACUAAUACCAUGUGACUUAGGUGACCCAUCACAGCUUUAAUUGCAAAUUAUGAAUAACUACUAUGUGACAUGCUAGUUAUGGUGAAAGGUUCAUGAGCAAUCCAUAGACUGAAAUAUGUUUGCACAAACUGUUCAUUGAAUGUCAGAAAGUGAACAAACUUCCGAAAACCUGCCUGUUUACAAUAAUUUGUGAAAAGAAAAGAGGAUUAAAUUUGUAAAGUAAAUUAUUUGCAGUGAAUAGUUCACCCAGCUUUAAUCAUGACUUACUAAAUAUUAGAACAUUUAGUUGUCCAUUGGUACUAAUAAUUAUGUUCUGUUCUUUAUGGCACGUAAAACAAAAAAUGCACAUUCUGCUACAAAUUAUGUUUUGUUGUGGAUUCACUCAGCAGAGGAAUGUGGGAUUUUCACAACUCUAACUAGAUAUCACGUACAGAGGAAUGAGCCCUGCUGUUAAGGAACUGGGACUGUGAAAAGCCUGCUCACACCUCAUGGAAAACAUUCUAUAUAUAGAGAUCAUUCUGCUCAGUUUUUCUGCAUUUAUUUUCUCCUUAGUUAUUGUUAUGAAAACACAGCUGCUUGGAUACAGAAAGCUUUGCCAUGUUUCUUACGAGAAUGUGGUGCACCAGUAGCUUGUUCACAAGUGGGAGGUAUACUCCACUGUCUGUGACAUCGUAUCAGGCUGCUGUGGAAAUGGUGAUGAUGUCACAAACAGAACAUGAUCACUUCAGAUGGGAGAGAAGCAGCAGGAACAGCAAAGCUCCUCUGUUCAUACAAAUGGCUCUAAUAAUACAAAAUACAGGGGAACAGAAAGACAAAAUGUGUUACAUUUCACAGAUGCAUUUCUAAAUAGAAUGCUCUUCAAAGUUUUCCUUGAGAUGGCAGCAGAUCUUAAAAGAUUUUAAAGAGGAUGUUAUGUUAGUGGCAACGAUAAUGUUAGACCAAUGUUACCAGGGUAUGAACCAUGGGAAUAGUAUAAAAAACAGUGUUGGAAGUGAAGAGGGUGGGUGGUUUGUACGAGUCUUAUGGUAUUUGCUCCUUCUGGAUCACUGGGAAGAAAGAUAGUAUUGUCUAGUAUAAACAGAAGAGGAUUAGGAGUCAGGAGACGUGGAUUUUAUUCCCAGCUCUGCCACUGACUUGCUGUGUAACACUGGGCAAGUUGCUUAUGAUACAUCUACAUUUCAGUAAAAACCCCGAGGCUGACCUGGAUCAGCUGACUUGGGCUUGCAGCGCUCAUGGUGCGAGGCUAAAAAUACAAGUGUAAACAUUCAGGUUUGCGUAGAAGCCCAGAGUCCAAGUCCCUCCCUUCCCCAUUGGGUUUCAGAGCCCAAGUCCCAAGUCUACACUGCUAUUUGUAGCCAUGCAGUGUGACCCCAAGUCAGUUGGCCUGGGCUGUGAGACUCACUGAUGUGGGGUUUUUCUUUUUGUUUUUGUUGCUGUUGGUUUUUUUUGCUGCAUAGAUGUAUCCUUAGCGCCUGCUCCUGCUUCCAUAGAAGUGAACGGCACUGAUUUAAAAGGAAGCAGAAUCAGGCUCAUAGCCUUGCUAUACCUUAGUUUAUCCAUCUGUAA